AUGGCUUCUAGAAGACUUGAAGUAUUGAAAAGACACCUGAAUAAUAACAAUUUAUCAGUUAAAUUAUGUUCUGCUGAAUCAAAUUUGAUCACUGACAAGGAAUUUAAUUAUACAGUAAAUCAUGGAGCACUAUCUCAAAGUGAAAGAAGAUUUUAUGAAACUAAUGGAUAUAUUAUUAAACCUGACCUUUUUGAUGAAGAACUAUUGGAUUCUUUUAGUUCUAGGUUUAUUGAUUAUUGUGAAGGGCGUAUUCCAAAAGGAAACAUUACUUUAAUGAAAGAUAUAUCUCUAGCUAAAAAAGGAGCUACUGGUCAAUAUUUAUAUAAUAAAGCUCAGGAUAUAUUAUAUGAUGAGGUUUUUGAGAAAUAUCUCUUUCAUGAAAAGUUAUUGGAAAUUGUUGAGUGUUUUACUGGCCCCAACAUUAAAGCUGUAAAUUCAAUGCUGAUUAAUAAGCCCCCUGAUUCUGGAACCCUUACCUCACGACAUCCACUACAUCAAGAUCUCCAUUAUUUUCCCUUUAGACCAGCUGAUCGAAUAGUUGGAGCAUGGACAGCAUUAGAGGAUGUAAAUAUUGAAAAUGGUUGUUUAAUUGUAAUUCCUGGGAGCCAUAAAAGUCAACUACUGCCCCAUGAGUAUCCUAAAUGGGAGGGGGGUGUGAACAAAGCUUAUCAUGGAAUCCAAGACUACAAUAUUGAUGAAGUUAUCCCUAUUAUAAUGAAAAAAGGUGAAACAAUAUUUUUCCAUCCACAACUUAUUCAUGGUUCCGGCCCUAAUACCACUAAGGGUUUUCGUAAAGCUAUUUCAGGCCAUUUUGCUGCUUCAGAGUGCUAUUACAUUGAUCUCAAGGGUACCACCCAAGAAAAUAUUGCUGUUGAAGUUGAGGAAAUGGCUAGGAAAAGAGGCACACCUCUCAAUAUACAAGAAAUUUGGUACUUUAAAGGCAGAGUGGUUCGGGGAGAAGAAAGAACUCUGUGA